GUAAGUAAAAUCUCGGAGAGCGCUAAAGACUUCACGCUUCCACAACUCUCUCAGUUUGCAAACUUUCUCCGGGAAAAGUUGUCUGAUUUUGGUUUGGAUAAUUCCCUUACCAAAGAGACUGCAAAGGCUAUUGAAAAAAUGAAGGAAACUCCCUGGCUCGACGUUCCUUCCAUAAUUGCUUUGAAAAAACAUCGUCGUUUAUAUGCGGCCUAUGAAAGAGAAAAAAACGAAAAGGCUUUAGAAAAGGCCUAUCGAGCCAGAGAAGAAGCGCAUAGUGCUUUGAUUGCUGUUCGUGAUAGAUGGAGGCUUGAAAUGGAUAAUGAUGGGUGGUCGCAUCUUAAACGCCGACAACCCGAACGAGGUACAUGUCUUCAUGGUCAAUUAUAA